AUAUAUAUAUAUAUAUAUAAAAUCAUUAGCCAGGUAUGGAAACUAUUUUUGAAAUGUUCAUAUGAUUGUGAAUAGAUUGGAAUGAGUACUGUUUAAAUUUUUGACAUAAUUUGGAAUUUGCAAGUUGCCUUUGCAAACUGGCAUGUGAUUACAUUGAGUCUUGGCAAAUUUUUUUGUAAUGAACCUGCACAGUGUUGACAUACUUUGUGUACAUCCACCAUAACUUACCGUGACUCCACAUUGAACAAACACUGAUGGAAUAUCUGAACAGACAGACAUCUGAAUGAGUCAUCUGCAGUCAGUUUGAGUGAUUUUCCAUUUCAGAGUUGUGUUUCUUUUCUAUUUCCAAACAAUGUCGACAACUUCUUUUGUAAGCACACAUUUUCACUUCUUUCUGUACUGUAACAUGCAAUAAAUUGAUACAUUCAAACUUCUUUUCUUGUUUCUUCUCUCUCUUUCUCUUUUUCUUUAAAUGUCCCAGUUCCAAAAUAAUUCGUCUAAUGUAGCAUCACUUCACUUUUUUAUUCUGAGAAUUUGUUUGUUUUGUCAUGUUGCUGUUCAAAGUUAAAGGAAAUUUUCUGCACUUCCUUCUUUUAGUGCGUGUCAUAUUCAGAUGUUAUGGUGUCAAUAACGAUAAUUUCUCCUUAGUCUGAAAUCGCUUCUGUUUCAGAACCAGGCUCUUUCUUAUCAUUCUGCCAAGGUUAUUUUGUGUGCCCACUCACAUGGCUGAUUUGGUAAAAUGUGGAGAAGCUAAGAUGCAUUUUAUCAUGAUGAAGAUAUAUUUGUCAGGCCGUCUGGUCAGGCAGGAAGCUGUGAGUGUGGUUAGCUGAGCGGAACAGUAGAGGGGAAGCUGUUUUGCCCUUUUUUGUACUGUAUUUUUUCUGCGUAGUCCCCCAGACUAGACUGGAUCCAGCCCACGAAGGACAAAAGCGAAAGUUAAGGAAGUCCGUCUUGCUUAAAAGCAGGAGUUGAGAGCAAAGCUAGCAGCUUUUGAGAAAUCUUGACAAAAGAAAACAUGUACCAUUCCUAAUUUGAGUCUGUCAAAAGAGAGGCAACAUAGUUCAGGCGUGAGACUGGUGAUGCUGUCAGCGUGAUCUCUGGAGACUAUAUGCAAUGACGGUUUUAGCAGGUGUGAAGCCUGGGGCUGGACAAGGGGCAGGUGAAGGAAGGCCCUCCUGGCCAGUUUUCCUGCUAACGCUAGCUGCUGUCAUCUCCUCUUUUCUGUCAGCUUUGUCCCUGUACCAACUGGUAGAUCUCAGAUCUGAAAUAGAGGGACUCAAAAUAGCCUGUCACAGGAAAGAAGAGGGUCAAGAGGCCAGGUACGGAAGCCAGACCGAGAGUGGCAGGAGAAGCAGCCAGGAGACUCCGCACUAUCCUGGGUCUCAACAUGCCAACGACCUGAUAAGGAGGAAGAGGACGGCAGCUGGAAAAGAGACGUUUGUUUCUCAGCCUUGUCUGCAGUUGUUGGCAAACAGUAGCAGAAAAACCUUCAGGAAAGAAAUUUCAUCAGAACUAUACACAGGUAUCCCUUGGCAGACUGGGCUGAAGAGAGGCUCUGCCCUGGAGGAGGACAACGACCGCAUAUUGGUCAGAGAGGAGGGCUUCUACUUUGUGUACAGUCAGGUCUACUACAUGGACAGCACCUUUGCAAUGGGCCACGUGGUGAUCCGGUGGAAGAGGAAUGUUGUGGGAGAUGAGCUCUCAUUUGUGUUUCUGUUCCGCUGCAUCCAAACCAUGAACCCUGAGUACGCUUUCAACACCUGCUACACGGGAGGUAUUGUGAAGCUGGAGGUCGGAGACUACUUGGAGCUUCUGAUCCCGCGGCCCGCUGCCAACGUGUCCCUGGAUGGUGAUUCCACCUUCCUGGGUGCUGUCAAACUGGCCUGAGAUGAAUCACCUCACGCCGGACCCAAGGGAUGCAGCUGUAGGGAAAGUGGUGCCACUGUUAGAGGAGAGGAAGCAACACGACACAGUUCUUGUGACCCAGCCUGACUUGACCUGAAAAGUACAGAAAGCAGCUUCUGCACGAGCUGAGCGACAGACUAUGAGACGCUGAGCUUGUUCAGCCUGAGCUGACGUAAAGGCGACAAUAAGUUGAGGGUAUUUUCUUUACUAUUUAGCUUUAUUAUGUUCAUCUGUAGCACAUCAAGACAAAAUGUUGUAAAAAUUGUCAGAAUCAGGUAUAUUUUCUUCAAAUAGUUACAAACAUGGCAAGAUUCAGCUUGUAAGAGAGGUGUCCAAAAUUAUUCUUAUACUGUACAGAUCAGUAAUCUUACCCUCUGCAACAGCAGCAUCACUGUACCAGAAGUUCCUAUAUGCUUUACUAUUUUAGAUAUUUGCACAUAAGAGUUCUGAUUUAUCAUACAAAUGUCAUCAUUUGCAUUAACUGUAUCUGUAUAUGUCUGAGUGAUAAGUAAAUUGUUUUGCAAUAAAGUGACAACUCUUGCACAAGA